GGCCUACUUGUCUUUCUUUCGCAUCGCAUCGUCCGACACGCGCAGACCAGCCUUGUCUUGUUCAGCCAGCAUACAGCUAGCUGUUCUUUUCCGUUCAUUUUUACAUAGUACUUUUACGACCUUUACACCACCUCACAAUGGCCGAAACCAAAGCGCCUAAAGACCCGUACGCUUUUGUGAAAGAUUUUUUGGCCGGCGGUAUCUCCGCUGCCGUGUCGAAGACCGCCGUUGCUCCGAUCGAGCGCGUCAAGCUUAUCCUGCAAGUGCAGGCCGCUUCCACGCAGAUCGCCGCUGACAAACAAUACAAAGGAAUUGUUGACUGUUUGGUAAGAAUUCCAAAAGAACAAGGUUUUGCCAGUUUCUGGAGAGGUAAUUUCGCCAAUGUCAUCAGAUACUUCCCAACACAAGCAUUAAACUUCGCUUUCAAGGAUGUCUACAAACAAUUGUUUAUGGAUGGUGUAGAUAAAAAGACUCAGUUCUGGCGAUAUUUUGCUGGUAACUUGGCUUCUGGUGGUGCUGCUGGAGCAACAUCUUUAUGCUUUGUAUAUCCACUUGAUUACGCUCGUACAAGAUUAGGAGCUGAUGUUGGCAAAGGACCAGCUGAAAGGCAGUUCAAAGGUCUUGGUGAUUGCAUAGCUAAAACCGUCAAGUCUGAUGGCCCUAUCGGUCUGUACCGUGGUUUCUUUGUGUCCGUUCAGGGUAUCAUUAUCUACCGUGCUGCAUACUUUGGAUUCUUCGACACAGCUAAGGGAAUGUUGCCAGAUCCCAAGAACACUCCAUUCUUAGUUUCAUGGGGUAUUGCCCAAUUUGUAACAACAUUUGCUGGUAUUAUGUCCUAUCCAUUCGACACAGUCAGACGUCGUAUGAUGAUGCAGUCUGGACGCGCUGCUGACCAACGCAUGUACAAGAGCACAGUAGACUGCUGGUCUAAAUUGUAUAAGAACGAAGGAGUUUCUGCCUUCUUCAAGGGUGCAUUCUCCAACGUACUUAGAGGUACUGGUGGUGCCUUGGUGUUGGUCUUCUACGACGAACUCAAAAACCUUAUGUAAAUUUCAUU